AUGAUGUAUUCUGUCGUAUUUCCCUUCACAAUUCCUCUGGUCCUGGUGGGACUCGCUGUUGCGUCCCUCUUCCUCAAAUCCAUCCUACAAUACUGGAGGUUGAGACAUAUCCCCGGUCCCCUUGCGGCCAAAUUCUCCGGGUUUUGGUUGGCCAGGAAGUUCUGGAACAAAGAGUACUUUGAUGACAUCGCUCUGGCGCUAGACAGGCAGUACGGCCCAGUCGUGAGCUACGGGCCGAACAAAGUCUUGUUCAGCGACCUCUCGGCUGUGGGCGUUGUCUUCAAUACCAAGAACGUACUUCUCAAGGCAGAAUCAUACGAGGUGGCCUUCCAGCCGGUCAAUGGGAAGCUGAUAAGCUCCUUCGCCACUGAGCGAAACGAAGCCCGCGUCACGGCGAUGAAAAGGCAGAUUGUUGGGGCCUUCACGACCACGGCCAUCCUCGACUACGAAUGCCACGUCGACCGCAAUAUCAAGAAUCUGAUCAGCCGACUACUCGCCAACACGGAUUCGGAAUUGAACAUUGCUAGGUGGAACAUCUUCUUCGCCUUCGACACCAUCUGCAACAUCGCCUUCAGCGACGACCAAGGCUUCAUGGAGAAACAGUCUGAUCUAGGAAACACCUUGGAGGGCACCCGUCAGCGUUUUGAGCAUUGGCACAAUUGGCAAGCCCUGCCCAAAUUGGAGAAGCUCAUAUACAAGAACCGCUUUGCGGCUAGAGGCACGAGCGGAACGUCCCUUCUUGGUAGACUCGCCGUAGAACGCCUCCAAACUCGGCUUGAAAAGGGCGGAUUGGGCACGCAUUCCGACCUUCUCGACCGGUACCUACAGGCGAGCGAGCGGGAUCCCGCCACAUUCGAUAGAUCCACCAUUAUCGGCCUGCUCAUCUCGACGAUCCACGCGGGCGCCGAGACCACCGCGGGGGCCGUCAACCUGACCCUCUACCACCUUCUGACCAACCCACACACGAUGGCGCGGUUACGAGCCGAGAUCGAGGACGCAAAGCUCUCCUCUCCGCCCUCGUGGCAAUCGGUCUCGAAACUCCGGUAUCUGGAAGCCUGCAUCAAGGAAGCCGGGCGCAUGCGUCCGCUGAUCCUCGACCCGAUCGAGCGCGAGGUUCCCCCCAAUGGACCCGGCAUUGAGAUUUCCGGCACCUACGUCCCCCCUGGGACCGUGGUGGCUGUCAACAUACACGCAUUGAAUCGCGACCCGUCCAUCUGGGGUGACCGAGUCGACGAGUUCAGACCCGAGCGUUGGAUCGAGGCUGACGAGGCACAACUCUCCAAAAUGGAGCGCGCCAAUCUGUUCUUCUCCGCCGGCAGGAGGGUCUGCAUCGGGCAGCACAUUGCGUGGAUCGAGAUGAAGAAGUUCCUUCCCGAGCUGUUGAAUAGGUUUGACAUCGAGCUGGUCAACCCCGAGAAAGAACCCGAGGUGGUUCGGUCGAUGGUUUUCUUCAUGGACGAGCUCAUGGUCAGGCUGACACCGCGAGGAUAA